CGGCUUUGAGAUUCUUUUAUACGUUUCAAGGCGGUAAUAAACCAAUUUAUUUGUGUAGAAGUACCGAUGUGGUGGCUCAUGUCGCAGGUCACGCUUUCUUGGAUACCUUGCAACCUAAUUGGCAAGCUAAUGGACAAACUGGCGCUUUCCAUGAAGCUUUUGGUGAUUUAUGUAGUUUAUUUGUCCUCAUCUCUAUGGUAAGUAUGGAAACGAAAAAAAAACCCCCCGAGAAUAAUGAAAAAAAAAUGUUAACACCAACGAAUUUAAGAGCCCCAGACAAUUUCUUAUCGGCAAUCGGGGAAGAAUGUGGUGAUACGUUGUACAAAAAUAAAGGAAAAGGGUUAAGGAUUUUAUCCAACACGUUUAAAGGUUCUGAAGUUGGGUCUGAAGUACAUGAUUUAUCGAUGGUUUUUAGCGGAUUCUAUUAUGAUGUAUUGGCUGAUAUAUUCGCAUUGGAAAGAAAUCCAACCGUUAGGGGUGAUACCGAAACGUUAAUGACCGUUGGAGCUUACUUACGAAGAGUCCUCAUAAUUGCAAUACGUGUUUCCUCUCAUCAACCAACGCGAACAAAAUUCCAGGAGAUUGCAACUAAUUUGGAUAUCGCAAUUGGUACUUUAAGCAGAAAAUUAGGAGUGGAUUUAACCAGUUGGAGACAAAUCGUACAAAAACAUGCAAAAGCAAGAGAAUUAUCAAUUGCUGGAAGACGACAUUUUUAA